CCACGCUUCGGGGCAGGCCGUCGAAACGCCCAUCGCUGACAUAGAAGCAGCGCGCGCGUAUAGCGUGGUCCCCCGUCGUCGUUCAAGGCGUCACAGCACUCCCCGGCAACACCCUCCCCUUUUCCAACACACCACCGAAACCCCCGAGAUCCCAACACCGCCGGGUACAUCUUUCUCAAGUCCCCGUGGCUCGCGUCGUCGUCGAAAUCCACGCACGAAUCGACAGUCUGUUCACCAGCGCAUGUCUACUGACCUGGACGUCCUGCUGACUUGGACAUCCUAGAGGACACACACACACUAACAGAGCGACACAUCCUUGGCGAUGGCCUUGGCGAGGAAGCUGGUCUUGACGUUGUCCCUGAUCGGAAUCGGACCGUGGGCAUCGGUGACGGCGGUGGGAGCGGGACUGUCCGAUGCACCAGCCAUCAGGCUCUGCGGAAGACGUCUUGCAGACCUCGUGUGGAUGAUCUGCAUGGACCGGGGAGGCGUUCACAGCCACAUGGACCGACGAGCCCUGAGCACGGUGAGGAGGCCCUUCAUCAUCUACAGGCCCUCGCCACUGCGGAGGGAUGGAGGCACACAGGGCAGAAGUGGUGACGACGACGGUGCCACAUCAGCCGAAGCGGUCGCUACCACAAUAGCGCCAGAGCCGGCCGCAAACUCUGCGAGGUACCACAGCUCUCAGGGGCAAUACUCAAGUGGAGGCAUAGUGGAAGAAUGUUGCCGCAAGCCAUGCAGCUUUUCGACACUUGCCAGCUACUGCGCAAGGCCUUCGGAUAGCUCCAGUCUGGACACCUUUAAUCUAGUCGCCUCCUCAGGUUCCUCUUCUUCAGCUUCUGCAUCGUCGUCUUCGAGUUCAUCCGAGAGUGGCGCGCAGCACGAGCGACAGCAACCGUCGCCUCUAAUUCAGCCUCCUGAGCCGUCGACAACAACGCCUCCACGUGUCGUUGCAUCGUCACGACUACAGACGGCGCACGAGGUCGACAGGGAACACAACGAGGUCGACAAUGCCGGUCCACACAGGCGUCUUGGAGCGGUGUCGCGGCACACAACGGGUCGUGCACUGCUUCCAAGCAUGCCAUUCCUGACGUCACCUGAGGACGAUGCACCAUUCGCAACCAGGCCACGCAUCGGCACAUUCAGUCGGCACCGACCCUACUGGUACGUCGUGCAGGCGGCAUUCAACGGAGACGCUGACGAUGAACGCUAGGGGGCCUAAAAACACCUACGAUGGGCCUCGAAUACGGCCGGCUGAGAAAGAGAAAAAAACAGCGUGGAAAAUUUCCUGUGGAAAACCUACCUCCCGGCAAAAGGCCUCUCUCGGAGCGUCGCCUUCUUUUGGCCUCCUCCAAAGGACUCGACAGGCUGUCUGCUGCAACCGUGCAUGCACACUGCACCCAACUUUCAGAUCCUCAUUUAGUGCCUGUGUCCUUAUGAUGAGGUUUUUGCCCGUGUUCCGUGCAUAAACCGAGCUUGUAACUGAGUGCAGUGUUCAUGAUUAUGGAAGAAGAGCUCAGAUAAGCAACGAUAGUAGCAUGCAGAUGCUCACGGUAGCCUACCGUGUGGCACAUUGUUGUCCCACUACUCUGGCAACCGUGAGCAAUGACUGCUUACAUUCCUGGGCACCAGGUAGCACCACCAUACAAUGGGCCCAAAGCAGUCCACAGUUGCUUUGAUCUGAAGAACCUAGGAAAGAUAUAUCUAGGGUGCCUCAAUACUAGCAUUCAUUUGUACAGGAUGGUGACAGUGCCGCCAUAAUGCGACGGAGCACGUGGGAAUGGGCUAAGCUUGCAAUACCACACAAAGUGAGAGCACAGUGUACACGUACGUGUCUGCAUCCACUGAUCCUGCAAAACAUGGCAGCGGUGCCGUCAACAGGUGUCACCAUCCUUGCGAUGAGAGGCUGUGCUGGUGUUGACACACCCAGAUAUAUUUUGUUGUUGAAUGCUUCUUGCACCAUGUCAUGUAGGCAGCGUGUGGCUGUACAUUCUAUGAACCCACUCAGGCAAAUAUUAUUGUCUUCUUUUAACAUGUUUUACAUUUCAUACAUCUCUGUUGCCACACUGGCUUACAGAGCUGAAAUGUUUUAUGCCAAGACAGCAAAGUAUCACUGAACACGUGGGAGUGAAGGAUUAAAAAAAAACAAUCUCUUCCCAGUUGACCUCAGUGAUGCUGAAUUUAAUUUAGCUGCAUUUCAUGGUAAGAUCUCAUAACAUACACCUUGGCAUUAUUGAAGUCAUGAGACUGCAUUAUAUUGUGACUUAUUAUCAUACAUAUAUGGCAAGAUCAUCCAUAAUUUAACUGUUGUUACCAUGAUUUCAAGCAACUGCACUGUCCUUCAUUGUUCUACACAUGGGCUGGAAAUCACAUAUAAGUAUGUACACUAACAAAUAGUAGUAGAUAUAUUGUAACAAUACUCGUUCUGAAGCACAAAUUGGGAAUCUUCUGCCCAAAAUUCAAUUUGCUGUCAUGUCUACGUUUGAAAUGCUGUUUGCUAGCCAUAUCCAUGCAAUCGCCGCCUCAGGUUACACUUAAGUCAAGAGCGACAUCAUCAAUAUGUUCUAAGAAACGUCAAAAAAAUUCUCUCCAUGUUCAUUCAGAAUAUUAUCUUUAGGGUUGCUCGUGCUUAACGAAAUGGUCAAGUUACAGAUUUGUCACCUGAUCUGUAGCUUUGCUAAAAACAUCAUUUGAUCUAGCGAAGCCAUCUCACUCUCCAAAACUUGAAAAUUUGGGUGAAAGAGAGAAAACAUAAUCAUGAUGGGCAUUAAAAAAGAUAAUAAAGUUCUUUUGUUUUCAUUGCAAAAUAUCUUAAUAUGUUGAGACACCAAAUACAACGAAAAUCUUCAGGAUGCUCUUGGCGUUCCAAGAGCAGAACGUUCUUCAACUUUGUGGCCACCACAGGGUGCAAAAAAUGCUGCCCUUCGGUUUCUGUAAUGCCGAUACAUACUUAUGUUCACACAUUGGUCACGCUUACCCAUACCAUGUGUAUUCCAGCCCAUGUUCAUGAGUGAGUAAUCCCACAAGUUCAUUAUUAGUUUGUUUACACUGUAUGUCAGUUACCAUCUACAACUAGGCUUCCAUCAGCGAGUCGUCGCAGUUUAUCAUUUUGCUCUACUGUAUGCAUCCCAUGUUAUUUAAGGCUCAUUAGUACAAUGCCAUCGACCAUGCCAUCAGGCUGAAAAAAUGACAUGAGCUGUGCAAAAUUUGAUUUGAUAUUUUGUAUUGCUUUCCACAUUCCUUGUGGCUGCUCUUUACAUCAAGCGUUUAAGGACUCUUCUGCAUAUCGUCACUGCUUCUGGCACAUGACUGCGUCAAAUCGGAAAAAUGGUCUUUUUAUCCCGUGGACAGGAAGCGUGUGUAAACCGCUUUUGGCCAGUUAUCUAGUCGAGCAGCUUCAGCCGAUAGUCUUUGGGGGAGGCCAGCACACCGCCCCCUAUCGUGCCAUCCAAGUUUUAUUUAUUCAGAACUUCUAUCAUGCCAUCACCCGCUUUCCCAAACCAUUCCUCAUUCCUCUACGCCUUUGCUUCGUUAUCACGCGCAUUCCUUCGCUGCAUAUCAGAACCGGCACGAUAAUGUACAUAUAGAACGAUGACUCGACAUGAUCUCGCUGUAAGGCUUAUACUUAUUGUGAAUACAAUUAGAAGGCUGCCUCGGCAAGUGACCAUGUGUUGUUGAAAGUGAUUUGAUUUACGCUGACGUCAUACACGUGUGCUGGGUCGACUAUCGUUGAACACUCGGAGAGCCUGGGAGCAAACAUCUACUUAUUCAGAAUGACGACAGCCUUAGGAUAUUGGGCCAAGUAGUUGUUGGUGAAGUGACUGAUACGGGUAUCUUGAAAAGAAAACGAACACAAACGCUAUCGUUCACCGCUUUUGGCUCGUGUUUCUAUUUCGUGCUAUACAAAUAGAACGUACAUCAGCGAAGAGCCUGUUUUGAUUAGUUUCCUGGGCUCAGGGCUUCAGAAGAUGAGAGCCACUUCAAGAGAACAGCGCUUCACAAGCAAUUACACACCAUGAGAUCGCACAUGGCUUUUGUCACCCAUCGAAUGGAGAUUGUGCGAUACCGCCACUUCAAAUACAAUACAAAGCAAAAUAGAGAGAAGGAAGGCAUAAACUGUAAUGAGAAUGGUAUGCAUUCUCUUGCCCCUGGAAAUCGCUGAAAAGCUGAAAUCGCUGAAAGACAAAUUGAGCAAUGGUCGCCUCUUUCAGUGAAGGCAACCUCCUCAAGGCAUGGCAACGGGACAGGCUCGAUUUCUCCCAUCUUGUUCAGUAAUAAAAAAAUUUGGCAAAUUAUUUUGACUGCGCAUUAACUGGGCAGCACUUUGUAACUUUCACUGUGUGGCCAUCUUAACAAGGUGUACCAUAAGCAUUCCAAUGUUAUUUGUAUACAUGAUUGUUGCAAAAAUUGACCAUGUGUUGUUCGUAUAAUUGUUACGGAAAUGUGAUGAAGUUUAUAUCAAAUCUGCAUAUGCUCUGUACAACUGUAAGGGGAUCAUGCAAACUUAUAAUUGCAUACGUAACUGUUUCAAAAGCUUUGCCAUGAGGACCGGUGAGGGGUCCCCUCAAAAGAGGGGUGCUGAACCAUCGACCGCACAGAGCUACUACUGCUUCCCAUGUGGUGCAUACUUGUUUGCGAUGUUUGCUUUCAUCUCAGAGUGGCUUGCACAGAGAGAUAAUAUCGUUGUGCGAAAGUACGCUUCGUAAGAAGCAAGGCCCCGUGCCAACUUGGUUGUCCUGUCUACUGCCUCCUGUCUUGAAGGUGAAAUACCCCCUGCCCCCACCCCCCCCAGAUAUGACAGAUUUUUUUUUGUUGAUGUGCACGCAGUGUAUAAAGUGAUUCUGUUGUAAAAUAAAACAUCUUCUUGUUUCGCAUCUG